GAAGACUGAACAUUUGACAGGAAGCUGAGCAGGAAUGCGUCCAGCUUGGUUUUGUCUACUCUUUCUCUCGGGAACCUUCAGUCUGGGCUCUUCUGUGCCAUGGCAGUGAGUCAGAACAUGGCCUGGAGCAAUGCUCAGACAUACUGCAGAGCAAAUCACAUCAACCAGGUCACUGUAAGAAGCAUGGAGGAGGAAAACAACCUGAUCGCGCUAGCAGCAGCCGCAGCUCCCGGGUACAGCGGCUCUGUUUGGCUCGGACUUCGUUGGACCUGGACCUGGAUUACAGGAGAAGAGACUUCUCACUACUUUGUGUGCUACGAUGACUCAUCAACUGGUAAAUUCAUCGUGGUCCAGCUUGCUAAGAACUGGACAGAGGCUGAGGUUUAUUGCAGACAACAUUACGCUCAUCUCGCCAUCAUCAAAACCUCCGCAGAGCAGCAACAAGUUAUUUCCUUGUUGAGCAAAAGGAGUUUUAUCGGCCUGAUUUCGGCACAGUGGUCUGAUUACAGUUUCUCUGCGUUCCAGUACUGGGUUGGAAUAUCAAACUGGGAGACAAGCCUUGUUGAUAAAUGUGUUGCCAUGGUGCUAUCUAAUUCUGGGAAAUGGGACCAUUUUGAUUGUACAACGCAAAAACUGUUCAUUUGCUAUGGAGUGCCACCAUUCCAACCCGUCUCUUGUCUUUACCAUGCUGUAAGAUAUCUGAAGACAUGGAUGGAUGCUCAGAUCUACUGUAUUGUACUGAUCUGGCUACUGUGGACAGUGUAGGUGAUGUGAAAAGUGUGAUGAAUCAGGUGGCUCUUAGAUACACUGGACUUCUGUGGAUUGGGCUCCAGAGUGCAGUGGACAUGCGCUGGAGCUGGUCAAUGGGAGAUGAGCCUGUCACUGAUUACUUUAAUCGGGCCUUAAAUAAUCCAACCGGCGGCAGGAAAUGCAUGUCGAACAUGAAUGGAUUGUGGAGCGUUAUGGACUGUCAGACACUGCUAUACUUUGUGUGCUACAGUGGUGAGUCAGCUAAUACUCCUCAAUUCUGUUUGGACAUCAUUUGCUUCUUUAGCUUUGCUGAUGUUGCACUGAAGCCUUCCAGUUUGCCAAGGUCAUUCUUAAACUGCCCCUUAAACGAUGUUCUGAUGAGAAGUGACUUGCUUCGAUCCAUAAAAACGGAACCUGAGUGUAGCUGUAGCUCCACCUUCAAACUGGACUCACUGGGAUUGUGUUCAGGAGUAAACCAAUUAAACCAAGCAAGUAACAAGUAGGCCACUAAUAAUAAAAAUAAUAAUAUUAAAUAAUAAUAAUAAAAAGUCACAUCCAUUCAGCUUGCCUUUUGUCUGAAGGAAAGAAUGAGAGAGGACGCUUGGGGUGUGGCCAGCAACGCAGCAUCUCCUUCCCUUCUCAGAGAACCGGGUUACAUACGUAACCUGUUGUAGUUCCCUGUCGAAGGAACUUGGCGCUGCAUCAUGACUGAUGCUAUGGGAAUGUCAAUACCAACGCCGCCACACACCAGUUGAUGUCUGUCCCAGGGGCCAUGAGAGGACACCCAUUAGUUCUGAAGGACCUGAGACCCAGGAGUGGUUUCCAUUUCCAGGUUAUAAAACCUGAUAAAGGUGUGCAGAGAGGACCAGCCCACCGCAGCACAAAUCUCCUGGAGAGGAACACCCCUAGCCAGGGCACUGGAUGAGGUGACACCCCUAGUGGAGUGAGCUCUGACCCCUAGAAGCAAAGCAAUACCACGUGCCUCAUAGGCCUGGGUAAUGGCCUCUACCACCCAGUGUGCCAAGUGCUGCUUGGAGAUUGGAUUACCCUUGUUUUGGCUCCCGAAGCAGACGAACAAGGAGUGGGACUUAUGCCACAAGUUGGAGUGGUGGACAUAAGUCUUACGGGCUCUGACUGGGCAGAGCAAGUGCAGCCUCUCCUGUUCCACUGAGUCAUGGGGCAGAAGACAGAAGGGCUCCAGGAUGACUGGAUGACCAGCCAUUCUGGGCACCUUCGGGACAUAUUCCAGCCCUGGGGUGCAAGAUAGCCUUGGACAUGCCAGGGGCAAACUCCAGGCAGGCGGGGGCAACUGAUAGAGCCUUCAGAACCCCUACCCAUCUAAGGGAGAUCAAGGCUAAUAGCAGAGCCACCUUAAGGGUCAGAAACAUCUCUGAGGCUGACUCCAUGGAUUUAGAUGGGGCUUCCAGAAACCCGUCCAGGACCACCAAGAGGCCUGGCACUGCACAGAAAGCGAGAGACUAGAGAGUGCCUAUCUAGGUAGGCACCAAGGACAAGGGCAUGGUUUGCAGCAAUGGCGGCCAUGUACACCUGUAAAGUAGAGGGGGACAGGCCCUGAGAAAGGCGAGACUGUAGGAAUUCCAGCACUGUACUAAUCAGGCAGUGCACUGGGUCCUGCUCACAUUGAGUGCACCAGAGACUAAAAAGCCUCCACUUUAGAGCAUACAGCUUCCUAGUGGAGGGAGCCCUAUCAUUCAGCAGAGUCUCCACAACCUCAGAUGAGAGGCCUGCCUCUAGGAACUGGUCCCCCUCAGGGGCCAGACCCAGAGCUUCCACAUGAGAGAAGACAUCUUUCCUGACGGAAAUCUCCCAAGAAGCCUUCUAGGAGGGAGACAAGGUCUGUGAACCAAACUCGAGCAGGCCAGCAGGGAGCCACUAGAAGAAGAUGGACCCCAUUGUGGUGCAAUCUGGCUAGGACUACUGGGAGCAUAGCUACCAGGAGAAAGGCGUACAGAUGCAGCCUCAGCCCAGUCUGUACCAGAGCAUCCACACCCAGAGGGGCUGGAAGAGAGUGGGAGUACCACAGCAGACAGUGUGUCGACUCCUUGGAGGCGAACAGAUUCACUUCCGCUUGGCUGCAAAUCUGCCAGACGGUGUCCACCACCUGAAGACUCAGCAAUUGUCUCAACAGGAAGUCUGCCUCCUGAUUUAUGUGCCCUGGAAUGAAAAUUGCUCUCAGCAAAAGAAGUCUGGUCGCUGCCCAGAGCAGGAUCUGCUGCGCCAACUUGAACAGAGGGCACAAACACAGACUCUGGCUUUUCACUGUGGCUAUCCUUGAUCCCUGUAAGAUUAAGCCACAGGUGCCUCUCCAUGGCAACUAGCGCAGCCAUUGAACAGCCUAUGGCGCGGGCCAUGUGCUUCGUGGCAUCGAGCACAAGAUCUGUGGCUUGAUGCAGCUCAGAGACUGCAUCAGGGCUCAGUCCCAUGCCGUAGUCAAGCUCCCUCAGCAGGUCAGUCUUGUAGGCCUGCAAAACCAUCAUGGUGUGCAGAGACACACCGGCGUGGACUGCUGCCGUGUAGGCUUUCCUCCAAGGUCUGAAGUGGCUCUACACAUUUUAGAAGGGAGCGCCGGCCUCCUCCUUGCGGGCAAUGUAGGGGAGAGAUAGCUCGCAAGUGUCUCUUCCACCUUGUGCAUAACCAUAUUCAUCCAGCCCCAUAAUGGCUGAAUGAUUAGAGGAGGCCGGGGAAAAAAGGUCGCUGAACAUGGAUUCUUCCAGGACCUUGAUACCUCAGCAUGGAGGUCUAGGAAAAAUGGGAACUGUCUGCGUGACGGGGGCACAUAGCCUGAAGUCAGGAAGUGGUCAUCAAGCUUAGAAUGGACAGCGCUAUUUUCCUGCUGAGGCCAGUUUAAAUGUAAAUUAAAAACUUGCGUUAUUACAUCGAGGAGCUCCUUGGAUGCCACUGAUUGUGGUGGCAAAUCAAUAGAAAAAUUCCCCUCAUCGCCCAUGUCGAGCUCCUCAAAGCCCGAUGCGGAUAAAGACAUAUCCACUUCCGGGUUGGGUGAAAUUGCAGCGCGAGCUCCCGGAGCCAAAAUGCGGACAGUGGACUCAGGAGAGAGGACAAGAGAAAGGGAAAGACCCAUCUCUUGUUCCAUCUGUGAAGCGCAGAAGCGUGGCCUGUAAACAAAGCCAAAUGGGAUCAGAGUUUGCGAGGAGGAAAUCUCCCGCAGUGCACGCAGCCGGAUCACUUGAGAACCAACCGGGUGCUCCUCACCCAAACAAACCAUGCAAAGAGCGUGUGUGUCAUCCUCCAUGAUAAAGCAUGCGUAUUCCUCUGUCACGUGUCCUAUCCGAGCCAAUGAAUUGGCGUGUGCACAUGGAGCUUCAGACACACUUCCUCGACAAAGU